UUCAUGAAUUUAGAAGCACCGUUUGAAAAUGACCAGAGACUGCAAGCCCUAAAGGCUAGAGACGAAUUAACCAAACGAUUCCUUCAACUAGCAGAUGACGUGGAUGUAUCUACAAAUAAACCCGAUUGGUCAACGAAAGCGGAAGUGAUGUUACUUGAUUUCCAGGAACAGAUGUACCGAUUGACAAAAGAAUCUGGAUGGGAUGGCAUGGGUGUUGGUGACGAAUCCAAGUGGUCGUUUGCUGGUGCUUUACUAUAUGCUGUUACGGUUAUUACAACCAUAGGUUAUGGCCAUAUAGCACCUAAAACAGGAUGGGGACGAUUGGUGACUAUAGUAUACGCUAUGCUGGGUAUACCAUUGACGCUGCUUUGUCUGAGAAACAUCGGAUCUCUAUUGAGUAGCUGUGUUCGUCUAAUUUACAAAUGCACACUGACCUUGACCUUUCUGAUGUUAACGGGUUAUAUUGUUGGUGGUGCCAUUAUGUUUGGUUUGUGGGAGAAAGAUUGGGAUUAUUUGAUUGGUUCGUAUUUCUGUUUUAUUACCCUAAGUACCAUUGGAUUCGGUGAUAUCGUGCCAGGAACCAGUCUUGAUUCCUGGCGGUCACAAGAGAAGAAUAUCAUAUGCUCCGUUUAUCUCCUGUUCGGCAUGGCCAUCAUGGCGAUGUGUUUUCAUCUGGUGCAAGAGGAAGUGAAACUGAAGUGUCGACGGCUGGCGGAGAAAGUUGGUUUGUUUGUGGCGGAUAAAAACUAA